AAUUAUAGAUUCAUUCAGUGGUAGCAGCGCCAGUGCUGUUCCGACUCUCGAGUCGGGAAGAUUAUUUUCCUAUUCUUUCGAUAUUUCGUUUAACCAGACAUCUAAAUAUAAAUGUGUAAUCGCUGAGGAAAAUUAAAACUAUUCGUCACCUAUCUUCUUCCGUUACCAGGCUAGCCAGGAAAUUUGGCAAUUUCAAUUGUGCUUCGAGGAAAGGUUAUUUUUAGCAGUGCUUCGAGCUAUUUUCGAGACGUGAGGUGAAAGUGGAAGUGCCUUUUCAGAGAAAGUUUCAUAGGGGAUUUCUUCCCGGUGGUCACCGAAUUACCAAAACUAUUUCGAUACAAGACUGUUAUGCUGAAAGUAAUAUAACUCUGCACAAAAUGUUGACAGUAAUGUGUCCAAACUGUCGUCACCGGUUUCCAGCUCCAGGUUGUUGUGAACCACAAAACUUAGACAAAAAUAAUGGUUUAAUUCACCCAACAACCUGUUAUUAUGGUGGUCUUCUGGUUCCUAAAGGAUAUACCAGUGGUGGUGGCUGUUUUAUAAAUGCUCCUACUAUUAUUCAUAGUCAGCCCAUUAUUAAUUCUUUUAAUCACCCAUCUGCGGCAUUUGAUUUACAAAAACCAAGAAUUGAUAAACAAAAAGAUAUUUUCGUACAAAGAUCUGAGAAAGAUACUAAUAGACUUCAUGGAUUUCCAAUAUUCAAUCAAGAAAUUGAAAAAAAUCAGAAUUCUGGGAGUCAAAUCACAACAAGCUGUGACUUGGCAGGAGGUAGUGUAACAAUAACAACACCAAGCAUACAAUCUGGAGGUUGCUUAAUUCAAAGUACAGACGCUGGAAUCCUUAUGCAGACACCGCACAUGGAAAUCCGUCCAAAAUUAUCUGGUGGUGGCUGUUUUGUACAAAAAAUGUUAGCAACUGAAAAUCAAGAAGUUCCAAUUGCACUUUCGGAACAAAAAACUCAACAAGAAAGUACAGAACGAGACAGUAGAAUGUUUCUGUUACCUCCAAGUGGGUGUCAAGAAUUACCCGGGAUUCGAAGAAACAUCUUACCUCAGAAAACAGAUGUAGAAACUACAAUAGGAAAUUUUAUGGGAGGCAGUAGUGAAGAAAAAUUAAAUUUCUCUAAUUUCCAAGCUAAUACUGUGCCUGCAAUGCACACUCAACAAACCAAUAAAUCUGAUAAAAACGAGCAAAGAGCAGAACCAGGAAAAAAUUUCAAUUGCUGUUGCAGUCAUAUGAAAAAUCUUUAUCAUGUCAAAUCAAACAAUCCUCCUCCAGUGACAGAAAAUCGUAAUUCUGUACUUUUAGAUUCUAAUCCUGGAGUUCAAAUUCAAGUAAAUGCUACGGUACAACUUCCUGCAAGUUUAGGCCAGUGUACAGUAAACAUUACAGCUACUACUACAAAUUCUCCGAAUUCUGUGUCAAGCAUAGCUUCAAAAACUAGAAACAAUUUUAAUGGUGGAGGUUUGGUACAAAAAGCUGAAGUUGAAGACAAUGAAGAACACUAUGAAGAAAGAAGAGACAGAACACCAACUACACCAGUCUCAUGGCUUAUGCCUUGUCCCUGGAGUUUCGAUAGUUAUGUGAUCGAUAGAGAUGCAGCUAGACUUUGCGAAGUCAAAAGACUUUUACAAACAUGUGGAUGGUAUCAUGAAGGUCUUAGUUGGCAGCAGAGUGAAAACUUAUUGAAAAAAGCUGCAGUGGGACGAUGGUUAAUGAGGGACAGUUCGGAUAGUAGAUAUACAUUUGCUAUAUCUGUACAGACUGCUAGGGGACCUACCUCUGUUCGAGUUCACUAUUUUGUAGGACAGUUUCGGUUAGAUGCCGAACCUAGACUUGCUUUUGCUAUCCCACUUUUUGAUUGUCCAAUCAAAAUGUUAGAAUAUUACGUGGAGUAUUCGAAAAGUGUUGAUGAACAUAGGAAAGAAGUUUGGGUAGACUAUAGUGGCCAACUUUAUAGCGAGAUUUAUUUGACAAAACCUUUAGUUAAGGAAGUUAGGUCUCUUAGUCAUUUAGCUAGACUCGUCAUUAAUAGGUACAAAUUGCCUACAGAACACAUGCCACCACUCAUUAAAAAUUAUCUUGCUGAAUAUCCUUAUACUCUUUGAAAAAUAAUAUUUAACAUGUUUUUCUGAUUCCUGGAUGAUAAAACUUUAAAGUUUAUUUAAAAUAAUACGUCAAUAAAUUAAUUAUGAAUUACUAUAUCGGAUUAAUAUUUAUUUUCAGCAUUUCAUUUAAAAUUUUAUUUAGCAGAAAUAAAAUGUUUAGUAAAACAUUUUAGUUUCAUCAAUUAAGUACAAAAAAAAUUACAGAAUAAUAGUUCCAGAAAUCAGAAUUACUGAAAAAUAUCUUUAUUUUUAUACAUUCUAUCGUUACUUCUAUCGAAAUUUGUAUGUUCGAUGUAAUACGAAACACAUGGUAUAACUAGUAGAACACCGAAGGCUACAAUUUCAUAAAUUUGAUCAACAAUUGAGGACAGUGGGCCAUAUUUGACAAAAGAAAUACGAAACGAUAACGAUUUUGAAAGACGAAAGUGUGUAUAAUUGCUUUCGUAGUCAGCAAAGCAUAAUAUUAAACGAUUGAUUAUUCGACCGAGUUUUUUUAUCGUUUAGAAUCUUCAUGAAGAACAGGGUACCAUUUACAUACCCUGGUUGGAUUAAACUAAAUUUUACACGGUUUUUCAAUCAAUAAUACUUAGAGGAACAAUGUGGUCUUAAUUUUUCGAUAGCAUUCUCUAGCAACUCGUUGCAGGAAAAAAUUAAUUGAAAAUUUUGUAUUAUUAGCAUAAAUAUUAUUAUUUUAGAAAGAUAAAUAAACAGUUCCAAAUUAUUCUUUUUAUGCAAUAGUUUAACAUGAAACUCGGUCGUUUUUGAUAUUUCGUGGGCAAUGGUUGGCAAUGUGUGUUUAUAAUUGCAAAUCAUUGCUCUGCACUGAAACUGUUCAAGAACAGGAAGCAUGAUAUUAAAUCGGCUGCAAUGAAGGAAUUAUAAGGCAGUAUUAGAAUUUAAAGCAUCGAUUUGACUCUUCAUUUCCUAAUAAAAGUGAUAACAUAAUUACGUUAGCAAAUAAUGUUUGCAGAAAUUAUUAUGAAUGAAAGUAUACAUAUGUAUAAAAUAAUUUCAUAAUGUGAAAAAUUUACAAGUGAAUGUUAUUGAUACAAUUUGUGAAAGUACAUCUAAACCAGCUUAAGUGACCGACCUACAGACGAUCAAGCAUACAUGUUUUAAUAAUUGUACUUGUACAAACAUUUGAAUGGUGUUUAUACAUAAAAGUUGCUAAAGUAAUUGGAAAGUAAUUGAAUAGCUUUCAUGUGUUGGAAAGCCAGCUUUUAUAAUUGUAAUAUCAUCAUAUUGUAUUCCUGAUACCUGAUUAUGAUAAAUAUUAAAUAUGCUUGAUUGCCUGUGAACUAUUUUAUUAAAUGUAGUUUACUAUUAAAAAGUAUUGAGUGUAAAGAAAGGAAAAAAUUUUGAAUGUAACGGUCGUCAUCGUAUGUACAAUUUGAUAACCGAAAGGAUAAAUAUUUCAUAGUUAGGUUUUAUAAAAGAGAAAACUUUUCGGAUGAAAAAGUCAGUGGUUUCAGAAACGAAGAGUUGAACUUUGCAGAAGAAUCAAACGCUAAAUUAAUUUAAUUCUUGUUAUGUAUUAGCAAAUUUCUUCAAAUGUAUGUGAGCGUAUGUAAGUAUGAUCGCGCGCGUGUAAUAGAAGCAAAUUUAUGAUGUGUGUAUGUAAAAAAAUACCUUUGUAUGCGUAUGUAUAAAAGUAAGGAGGGCGAUCAAAAUGUUACAAUACCUACAGUCGAUAUAUUUUUCUAAAUAAGAAUCGGCGGCCUUUUCAAAGUAAACAGAAUUUUUCUAAUAGGAAAUAUUAUAUAGGGUGUUUCAAAAAUCGUUCCCUCCGUAAAUAAAAUUAUUCAAUGAAAUUGCAUUAGUAAACACUUUUGCUAUAUUACAAUGCUGCAUUUUUUAAUAAAGUUCAUUACUUUUUAAUUGGGGCACCCUGUAUAAAUUAAUACAGAAUUGCUUGUUCAUUGUCUCUAUAUUAGAGAUGACUUUUUAACUUUAAUCGGUAUAUCUACCCUUCGUAAACAGAAUAUUCAAUACGAAAGGACUACUUUCUGUAUUAGUCAUAAAUAAUAUUUAUUUUGAUAUUUAGAAGAAUCUUAAAUAAAAUUGUUUUACGAUUAUAUAUAUAGUAUACAGCUUAAAACACUUAUAGUAAGCUUUGAAUUUUUAGAAGCUCAAUUAGUAAAUUUUAAAAGUAAUUGCGGGCAACGGGUAAGAUCGCUGAAUGUUUAACAAUACUACAAAUAUUAUGUUGUAUAAUGCAUUUAUCGUAACGGCCCGAAUAACCUUCGCGGUAUUUUUACUAACAUUAUAGAGCAAAAUUAAGUAUUAAAAGGAAUGUAGAAACUGUCAUUACAAGUUAAAAAUUCAAAACCAUACAAUAUUGUGAUCUUGAAUAACUCCGAAUCUCAAUAUUUAUAUGGAAGGUAUACCUAUUAUUCUACUUUAGUAAGUAUCUACAGGAAAAAACAUCGGUAAACAUACUAUAUAUAUAUGAAAUUCAAGAUCACAAUAUUUAGAAUAUUAAUUUAAUUUUUGCAUUAAAUAUAAUUUUAGAAAUAACUGUCUUUAACUAAAGAACUUAAAAUUAUUGAUGAAAGGUAAGGUGUCCUUAUUAAAAUUUAAUGUUUGCUCUAAAAUUUUCUGUAUUUAAUAUUUUCCAACGUAAAUACUCGGAAGUUGUAUUGACCGUUACGAUGAGUUUUCAUUAGUAGACGAAUACAAAGAUGUAGUGGAACAUGAAUGUAAGGAAUGUUAAACUAUUAUUAACAACGUCGUAUAGAAUUGCACUUUUUCCAUUAAGUUACCCUUUUAACACUACCUUUUGCCUGCAUACAUGAAACAGCCCAUAUUGCCUACCGAGCGCUAGUUAUUAAUAUUUUACAAUUUUCAAUACUUCUGCGCUAUUUCGUAGCUGGAUUGCGAAGGGUUAGCUAAUUUCGAUUUUUCCAAUUCUAAGAGUCGAAUCGAAGGCGUGUUUAUCGUUGAAAACUGCCACUCAGCAAAUUCUGCGAUUUCGAGUUUUAUAUUGCGAUUAUAACAAUGUAUAAUAUGACACGAGUUAAGUUAUUAAAUGAUUAUUUAUUACCAGUAA